AUGUCGUCACAGCAACUCCCCCCAAAUACAAUCUCCAUCAAGCGAAAGCGCACCGAUACGCCUGUCGACUCUCUUAGGAUCGAGCAUGGUGAAAAGGAAAUCAAGCGACAAAGGAGCAGCAACUUUGCAUAUAGGCGUCUCACAAAGCCGGGCGACCAUGUCCAACAGGUAUCAUCAGCACCGCCCACACCGACUCUCGCGCGACGCUUCCGUCUCGAUCCCGUUUCCAGAAUAGGCGCCAAACGGCAUUUCGUAGAAGAACAAGAAGUUGCAAAGAGGGAGAACGUCUUAACUGGCGGACAAGUACAAGAGCCAGUAUCAGACCCCACACCAGACUCAACACCGCGACCACGAAAGCGGCCAGGCGCAGGCAGCGCGCUACACCACUCAGCCAAGCCAUCCAUACACCGAAAACCGCCAGUCACCGAGCCCUCAGAAAACGAUGUCCGCAAUCUGGAAGCCUUGUCAAAAGAGGUGGAGAAAGUAGACAAUCUCGAGAUCCCCCUUCCCUCGCCCUCAAAACACAAGCCCAAAGCUCCAGCGAAGCGCUUUGCAGAGCGACAUCCUGAUAAAGCCGCAGCCCUCGCAGCCCAGGACGACCCAAUGGCUGAAGCCGACGCAAUGGAUAUUGACAGCGAAUACGUAUACGACCACUACGUCCGCGAACCUGUUCUACCAGACGCCCCAGCGCCCACAGGCACAGUCGGUCUCCUAGUUAUCAGCGAGGAGGACGCAGAUUGGUGGGACAACGAAGAGGGUAGCGACCGGGAGUUUGAUACCGAUGAUGAAGAUGAGAAUGCCGAGGAUUACUACGCCAAUGACUAUCCCGAGGAUGAGAUGAGCGACGACGAUGAGUUUGAUCGGAAUCUUUAUCAAUCUAAAUAUCGCCAUGGGAGCGAUGACGAAGAGUACAACAUUGGAGACGAUGAUGACAAUGCCUUGGGAAGUGGAGAGGACGAAGAUGAUUUGCAUUUCAAGAUGACGGUACCAAAAGCACAGAGAGUGGGGUAUUGGGGUAUGCAAGGGGAGUCGUAA